CUUGGAAAUGAGGAGGCAAAAAGGAAAUCUCGCGCUACCGGCAACUAUGGGGAAUCGCUGUAUAGGCCAGGCUAAAGGCAGACAUGGGGCUGGCCGUCUCCUGUCUGCAAGGUAGUAGAUCCUGAGACUUGUCCGCGUCUCCUGGGCCCCUGUUCCCGAUGUCCAUCAAGAUGGAAAAGUGCAUAUAUAUCCUGCUCUUCUGUUCGCCUUUUUUGUUUCCUCUUCUUUUUCUUCUUUCUUAGCCAGCCACCUCUGUGAGGGACGAAAGCAAAGUCAUUUUUUUUUUCCCUUUCAUUUUCUUCUUGUUCAGUUCUCUUUUAACCACCUGGUGUGGGUUUAAUUUGCUUUUUCUUGUAUAUACACAACCACCAAAAAACCAAAACUACCCUCUUUAUUAUUUUUUUCCCUUAUUUUUUUCCCCCGACUUGUUAGAAACUCGUUUACUAUGCAUUCACGAUUACUUUUGGCGGCCCUUUUCCUGGGCUUCAUUGCCCUGGUUUCGGCCGUCCCUAUGCAGAAGCGUUCGUUCAAGGUGGAGCGAAGAGCCAACCCCAAUUUCACUGGAAACGAUGGAUUGAAGGCUCUGGGAAAGGCCUACCGCAAGUUCGGUAUGGAGAUGCCCCAGAACUUGAAGGAUGCUCUUGAGGUUCGAAAGGCUACCGACGCCGCCCGCCGAGCUGUUGCUGCCGCCGCCGCCCCUGUUCAGGAAACCCCUAAGGCGAAGCGCCAGAGCCUUGCCGAUAUCCUCGGUGAGCUUGGCCUUCUUGGUGGCAACAACAACAACAACGCUGGAAAUGGAAAUGGAAACGGAAAUGAUAACGCAAAUGGAAACGCAAACGGAAAUGGAAACGGAAACGGUGGUGGAAGGCACCACAAGGGCAAGGGCAAGGGCAAGGGCAACGGUCAAGCUGGUCAGGGCCAAGCUGGUCAAGGUCAGGGUCAAGCUGCUGGAAACGGAACUGGUGCUGCUCAGCCCGCUGCGAACCCCUCUGGUCAAACUGGAAGCGUCACCAACACCCCUGAAGGCAAUGAUGUUGAGUUCCUGUCCCCUGUCAACAUUGGUGGCCAGACCCUGAACCUCGACUUCGACACUGGCUCUUCUGAUCUCUGGGUGUUCAACACUCAAAUGUCCUCUCAAUUCACCGCCGGCCACACUCUCUUCGACCCCACCAAGAGCAAGACCUUCAAGGCUAUCCAGGGUGCUACUUUCCAGGUCUCAUACGGUGACGGCUCCGGUGCUGAGGGUAACGUUGGUACUGAUGUUGUCAACGUUGGCGGUGCCUCCUUCAAUGCCCAGGCUGUUGAGAUUGCUACCGCUGUUACUCAGCAAUUCGUCAACGACCAGGCCAACGAUGGUCUGAUGGGCCUUGCCUUCUCUAAGCUCAACACCGUCCAGCCCCAGCAGCAGAAGACUUUCCUCGACAACGUCGCCAGCUCUCUCGCUGAGCCCGUGUUCACAGCCGAUCUCAAGAAGGGUGCUCCCGGAACCUACACUUUCGGUGCCAUCGACUCCACUGCUUUCAAGGGUGAUCUCACAUUCGUCAAUGUCGACAACAGCCAGGGCUUCUGGCAGUUCAGCAGCGAGUCCUUCGCCGUCAACGGUGGCACUACCCAGCAGGCUACCAAGGGUGGUCAGGCCAUCGCUGAUACCGGUACCACUCUCCUCCUUGCCGACCCCAUCAUCGUCAACGGCUACUACUCCCAGGUUCAGGGUGCCCAGAACAACGCUCAGGCUGGUGGUUUCACUGUCCCCUGCGAUGCUCAGCUUCCCGAUCUUGACCUUGACGUUGGUGGCAACUACGUCGCCCGCAUUAGCGGUGCCGAUCUCAACUUCUCGCCUGUUUCUGGAAACACUUGCUUCGGCGGUCUCCAGGCUACUACGCAAGGUGGACUGGGUGUCUACGGUGACAUCUUCUUCAAGUCGCAGUUUGUGGCUUUCAACAUUGGCAACAACACCCUGGGAUUGGCUCCUCACAACUAAGCGAAAUAAGCGAGAGGAAGAAAAACAAAAGAGAGCAGUUUAAUCAUAUAGAAGAAAUGGGAAAUAUUAAGACUUUGCAAUAACCGUGCU